GCCUCUGUGCGGACGCUCUCUCACUGCGCUCCUCUCAGGCACUAACAUCCGAGACACACCAGCCUUCCGAAGUAGCCUAAGUCGAAGAGGUCAAAAACAAGCGGGAUUAAACCAUACAAAAAUAUCCUGAGAAAGAAAAGAAACGAAGGAAUAUUUAGACGCCGAACAACAGGAAGGAAUACAACUUGUUGGUCGUCUUAUUUUUGAAACCUUUCUUCUCAAAAAAAAUCACUGGAAGUUCAGACAUCAUGAGGAUUUUGGCUGUUGUGCUCCUUCUGGUUCACGCCUUGGUGGUGUCCAGACUGGCCAGCGGUGCUGCAGUUGACAGGUAUGAGAGCGACAGGCAUCGGGACAUAACUGUUAUCAACUUUUUGGACACAACCAAAGACAGAAGGAUAGAGGAGGAGAGCAGAAGCGCAGCAGCAACAACAAUGGGGAAAAGUGAGGAAGAGGAGGACGAGGAUUAUGAUGAUGAAUAUGACUAUGUAGAGGAGUAUGAAGAUGGCAUGUCCGGAGACUACGAUGUGGAACAUCCACAAGUUGCCAUGUCGAGCAAACCCAAAGACCCGUCUGCCAUCCUGGAGUCGGAGAGAACUGACGAAAAGAGAAGAAGGGGAAAGGGAAGAAAGAGAGGGAAAGGCAAGGGGAAGAAGAGGAAUCCUUGCCUGAAGAAGUACAAAGAUUUCUGCAUCCACGGCACCUGCCAAUACCUGAGGGACAUCCGCGCCCCCUCCUGUGUCUGCCAUCCGAGUUACUCCGGUGAGAGGUGUCAGUUCUUCACGCUGCCCUUAGAGAAGCCUCAAGAGGGCUACAACCGGACCACAGCCCUCGCCGUGGUGGCAGUGGUGCUGUCGUCUGUUUGCCUCACCAUAAUUGGCCUUUUAUUAUUGCUCAGGUUUCACAAGCGGGGAGCGUAUGAUGUAGAGAGUGAAGAGAAGGUCAAACUAGGGUUAGCGUCCAACCACUGAGGAGACAAAGAGAGGCAAAGAAGCGGAGAUUCUACCUCAAAAUAAAUAUGAGAAGUGACCCUGAAGGGAGGUCCUAGAGGGUAAAAGGAUUGUACAUGAAGAAGGGAACAGAGGUUGCUGUGUGCCUGACCCUCUGCCAGAUGUUCAGAUGAAAAAAAGGACACCUGAACAUUUUCCUGAAGGCCUCGGAAAAGAAGAUGGCCCGCCCGAUAACUGGAAUACUUACGGCUCAGAGGAUGGACCGGAGAUGUGGCAAACGAGAGGUGAAAAGCACAAGAAGAAGAAGAAGAAGAAGAAGAAGGAACGUGUCUAGACUCUGUGCUGCUUCUUGACUGUGUGAAAAGAGGUCCUUUCAGACUGAACUGAAACAGAAAAAAAAGGUUUUUGAAAACCAGAGUUCAACCUGGAUUUUUUUUCUCCACAGACAACGUUUUGUAUUUUCCUGCAAAAGUCCAUCUUUUAUUUUCUUUGUGUACAGUAAACGGUAUAUUUAUAAUUUUAAUUUAUUUAUUUAAGCUAACUGUAUUUAUAGAGAUUUAACCACCUACCACACGUUUUAGAAAUAAAGAUGUUACAGUUGUUUUUAUAUUUCCUAUCGGAAGACUUGAUAUUUAUUUAUGAAAAAGAAAAGUAAGAAAUGCAGAAGCUCCUUGAGAAAUGAUGCGUAAAUAUCUGAUUUCGUUCAUUUUGGCACUCAGAAGAUGAUCAAUAGCACUGUGAUUAAUAGAUUGAUCAUUAAAUUGACAUGAUUUUCUUUUAUUUAGGGGGAUUUCACAUAGAGAAACACCCUGAUCAUGCUCACACAGUUACACACUUAUAAACUUUAAAGCAACCAGUUGGAGCUGUGAGAAACUGAGCAGCUCCAAUGUAAAAGUUGAAUGGUUUAGGGCCUUGCUUAAAGGCACAUCAUCAGUGAAAAUGAGGCACUAUCCACUCCCAAAACUCGCCAGCUUUUGGGGAUCCUUAGGCCACAUGAGGCUUGGAGUUCGGCCUAACUGUCAUAGUGAAAGAUCAAUAUCAUUAAGUUACAUUGCACUGGCUGUGUUUGAAUAAGAAGCAACAUAAAAGCUGCACUCUUCAUCUGUAAUGUUAAAAGACUGUAAGAAGGGAGUCAAAUAACCAUUGAACUGUAUGAAUAUGUCGUCUUAUCAUCAUUAUAAGAGAAACUCCCUCACUUCCAUGUUCAGCUGUCAAGCAAAAGAAAUGUGAAUUCAAGUGUUCCACCCUUUCAAAUCCUGUCCUGCAGUUUUGAAGUGACUGUUAUUUAUGUAACUUUUUCAGAUCCAAAAUAAAAAAAGAAUUAUCUGAAUUUU